UUCAGUGAACAGUUAAGGACAGAAAGCGCUUUGAACUGUGGUAACAAGGAGUACGGAAACGGCAGUGACAAGAAAAACAACAAUUAUAAACAUGAUAAUAACAACAAUCAUAGUGUUAUAAUAAUAAUAAUAAUAAUAAUAAUAAUAAUAAUAAUAAUAAUAAUAAUAAUAAUAAUAAUAAUAAAUACCAGACCGCUACACCCACUACCAGUAACAUAACCACAAAACAGCAACGACAAUGAAAGUCAAGACAGCAACAUCAUAGGUUACAAUUUCUGCAGCGGGCCCCAUAAAGUGCACAACUGCUGCAACAGUAGCAAUAAGUUCAUGAAGACACUGAACAACAAGAACAAUAACAACAAAAAUAACUGUCAAAGUGCAACGACGGUAACGGGAGUAAGGGAGACGUAAACAGCGUCUGUGAGUAACACGCGAACCUGUUACUCUCAUCAGAGUCAGCUUCAGUAUUAACUGUUUAACAACAGAAGAACAACAGCAGGAACGACAUUAGGGAAGAAGAAGAAGAAGAAGAAGAAGAAGAAGAAGAAGAAGAAGAAGAAGAAGAAGAAGAAGAAGAAGAAGAAGAAGAAGAAGAAGAAGAAGAAGAAGAAGAAGAAGAAGAAGAAGAAGAAGAAGAAGAAAUUGAAGGUGAAGAAGUUGAAGGUGAAAAUAAAAAGUAGAAUUAAUUAAUCAAAUGUCGGAGUAAAAAGAAGGAAAAUGUCGGAGUAAAGGAAGGAAAGAAGAAACAGGUGGAAAUAGGAAAAGCAAGAAGAAGAAAUAUUGGAGGAAAAGAGGAAGAAAAAGAAUAAAAAAGAAAAGGAGAGAAAUCAUUGAAGUAGAAGGAAAAGGAAAGAAAUCAAUUGAGGAAGAAGAAAAAAAGAUACUUAUUAUCAACGAUUCUUUUUCAGUCAACUUUUGUUCCUUUUUCUUCUCUCGUUUUCAACCAUCUUCGCGGUGUUUGUUUUUAUUCCGUGAUGUCAUCUUCACCAACAGGAAUGGGAAGCGGCGUGAGUUCAAACGGCACAGGUAGUCGCGCAGUACGACGAACGCCAGGGUCUAAGUCUUCUUACCGCCAUGUGCCGCACAGCGAGAAACCACCGCAUCUGGUGGCCAGGCGAAACGCUCGCGAACGGCGCCGUGUGCAGGCUGUCAACAACGCGUUUGUUCGGCUUCGAAGGCACGUGCCGUACGAACCACGGCACAAGCGCCUCUCGAAGGUGAAAACCUUGCGCAUUGCCAUCGACUACAUACGCAACAUGCAAAACAUGAUACAAGACUACGACACGACCCUGGUGCAGGAACAGCCAUGCGGUAAAUACCCACACCACCACCAUCACCACAGCCAUCACAAUAGUCACUUACAUCGAAGUUCGGCUGUUCAUCACACAGGAGACAUACCGGAAUUAGCGGCACCUCCUCCACCAACCACAGGAAACAAUUGUGUACCUUGUUGGUUACCAGACACAUCUAUAUCUUGCAGUAAAGAAUCCUACAGCAGUGAGCCCAUAACUAUCUACGGUCGUCAGUCUCAUUUUUUCCAUUCGUAACACUCUGAGAAACUAACGGACAUCCGCUGAAGAAGAGAGGGGGGAAAAGAAUGAGAAAUAGAAGCGAAAAUGUGUGUGUGAAAGUGGGAGAGACAGAAAAGGGAAAUGAGAGAGAGAGAGAGAGAGUUUGUGUGAGAGAGAAAGAUGUGGCAAAGGUGAUAUCCACAAAUGAAAGGACGAUGCAUGAUAAACAGGGCACGGCGAAUUCAAGUUGAUUAAAAUAACAUCAUUGACCAUGGACCAUGACUUCGAACAUUUUGAUGAUGAUGAUAAAGGGGGAAGGAGGAGGAUAAUGGCGGUGGUGGUGGUAGGGAGGAGUUGUGAUUAUAAUGAGGACGACGAUGAUGUCGAAGACGAUGACAAUAAUAGUGGUGAUAAUGGGGUAGAACGAUGAUGACGAUCGCAGUGAUGAUGAUGAUGGUGAUAAAAGGGUGAUGAACGAGAUCGAAAUGAUUAACAUGAUGGCGACGUUGGCAAAGACUGCUACGAAAAAAUGUUCUGCUAAAGAUCAUAAUGGUGAAGUGAUGACGAAAUAACGAUGAUGAUCAUGAAAAUGGCGACGUUAAUGAUGGGGAUAUUGUUGCUAUUGUUGUCAGCUGGACUCUGGUGUGUCAUAGUGGUGACGAUGAUGUUGUUCAUACCAUAGGAAUAUGAUGGCAAUAAUAAUAAUAAUAAUAAUAAUAAUAAUAAUAAUAAUAAUAAUAAUAAUAAUAUAAAAAUAAUAAUAAUAAUAAUAAUAAUAAUAAUAAUAAUAAUAAUAAUAAUAAUAAAAGUGAUGAUAAAGAAAAUAACGGUGACGACGAUGACGAUGAUGAUGAUGAUGAUAAUGAUGAUGAAGGUGUUGCUGAAAAUAAUAAAUAAUUUUGAUAAUAUUAUUUGUGAUAUUGAUUGUUGAUAUUGUUGUUGUUAUUAAU